AUGGCUGUUUCGAACGACAAAGUUGUGAUGACGAUUGGAGGGACAGAUCCACCCAAACAUUCAAUCUUGAACACCGCCGAUGUGAAGGAUGCUAGUGACAGUCUCAGCACACCCCAGGAAAAGUCCGUUCAGAGCAUGACUGACGACCAAUAUCCGCAUGGUUUGAAAAUGGCACUCAUCGCAGGGGCGUCGGUGGUCGCUGUAUUUCUCAUUGCACUGGACCAGACCAUCGUCGGCACCGCAAUUCCCAAAAUCACCGACGAGUUCCACAGCCUCAAUGACGUAUCUUGGUACGCUGCGGCGUACUUUAUGACUUUUGGCGCUGCCCAGACCUCGGCGGGCAAAGUGUACAAAUACAACAACCUCAAAUGGAGUUUUCUGAUCUCCAUGUUCAUCUUCGAGGUUGGCAGUCUGGUCUGUGGAGUUGCGCCCAACUCCAAUGCGUUGAUCGUCGGCCGGGCCAUCGCUGGACUGGGCGGCGCCGGUCUCUCGGUCGGUGGCACAAGUAUCGUAUCCUUUACUGUCGAGCCAGCCAAACGACCGAUGAUGAUGGGUGUCAUUGGUAUGACAUAUGCCAUUGCCGCCGUCCUUGGACCGCUAGUUGGUGGCGCAUUUUCCGAUCAUACCACCUGGAGAUGGUGCUUCUACACCAACCUGCCGAUUGGGGGAGUCGCGGCGGUAAUUCUCUUCUUCUUUUUCCAUCUUCCAAACGCUGCAGCGCCUCCUAAGAUCUCUUGGGUAAAGAAGUUGUUGCAUAUGGAUCUGGUAGGGGUUGCUUUAGCUAUGGGAGCUAUCACCUGUUUCAUCCUCGCUCUUCAGUAUGGAGGCAUUACUCAACCCUGGGACAGCGGCGUCGUCAUCGGUCUCUUGGUUGGCUUUGGGCUUAUUGUGAUUGCCCUGGUGGGAUGGGAGAUCUGGCUUGGUGAUUAUGCCAUGAUGCUGCCGAGACUCUACCGACAACGUUCACUCUCGACCACGGCCCCUUACCAGUUCUUCUUCAUGGGCAGCUACAUUGUUCUCCUAUACUACCUCCCCAUAUACUUCCAGAGCAUUCUCGGAGCGAGCCCUAUCAAGUCCGGCGUCAACAACCUACCUCUCGUGCUCGCAGCGGCCGUGUUCGCGCUCGCUGGCGGAGCUGUCGUUAUGAAGACGGGCCGUGCGCAACAGGUUAUGUUUGUUGGGUCGAUGCUUGCCACCGUGGCCGUUGGCCUGACCUACACACUCGAUAUUGACACCUCGACUGGAAAGUGGGUGGGUUACCAAUUCUUCAUAGGAGCCACCAUGGCUUUCGCCAUCAUGCACGGUUUGACUAUUGCUCAAGCCAACGUGGGUCCCGAGGAUCUCGCAGCUGUCACGGCCAACCUUUUGUUCUUCCAGACGCUGGGGGGUGCGUUUAGCACUUCGGCGGGACAGUCAGCCUUCGUCAACAGACUGUUUGCGACUCUGCCCGAGACGGCCCCAGGAGUGAAUCCAGGACUGGUGCUUGCGACCGGCGCCUCAGAGCUGCGUAAGGUAUUCUUGCCAGACGUGGUUCCCGGAGUCCUCAAGGCAUAUAUGGUUGGUCUCAAGGCAGCAUUCGCAGUCGCAGUGGGCUUCUCUGGCGCCGCAUUUUUGUGCUCGUUGGCAAUUCCCAUGGAGAAGCUUCCGAGUCAUACCGAAGGACAAGCUCCCAUGGCAAUGGCGUAG